GCUCGCUGUACUUCGCUAUGCGUUCUGCUCAGCUGUGUAUAAUCAGUWGAGGACAACUGGGGAUGUGCGGAGUAUUUCUGUGUUUGACAAUGUGAGUUGAUCUAUGGAAAACAAGGACUUGGAAAAGUAAAACCAAAUUCAUAAUAUAGUCUACUGAAAAACUACAGCUACACUUUCAGAAGUUCACAGGGAGACGAUUACACACUCAAACAAUUGAGGCAAGCUGAAGUCUAYGCACCUUCGUCAGUGAUUGGUCAACAGUAGGGAUUCUUCAAUCAAGUCUUCGUCAUUCAACGAGGUCCUGAGGCCUGAGUGCCAUGCCAGAGGAGUCCCACAGUACUCUCCAUAAGGGCCCAAUGGGGGAAGAAUCUCCUCGGUUGUACUCUGCCGUCUCCGUCAGUGGUUGUCAUGAGCGACCAGACGGCUACAGCCAGCUGUGUGCUGACCCUUCGGAGGGAGAGGCUAAGCGUCCAGUGAGCCUGGUGUCCACUCUGUCCUCUGGCUCCUCCAGGGACAGCCACAGCCUCUACGGCAGUACCACGGCCCUCCCCUCCACACCACCUCCCCCCAGUAGAGAGGACAUUGACCUGGAGCUCAGCCCUGCAAAGGGAGCCAGGGAGCAGCCACAGGCCCAGCUGCAGGGCCUCUACCAGGGGGGGACCAGAGAUCAGUGGCGGAGCCACAGUCAAAACAGGUCCCAGUCCAACACCUCCAACAGGAGAGCUUUUGCACCUCCGACCCCAACCUCACCCUUUGCCACUGAAGCCAUGGCGCCCAACCCMAAGCUCAGCUACGUGGACCGUGUGGUCAUGGAGGUCAUUGAGACGGAGCGCAUGUAUGUUAGGGACCUUCGCAGCAUCGUGGAGGAUUACCUGUCUCACAUCAUAGACAUGGACAACCUUCCCAUUCAACCAGACCAGGUUUCUUCAUUGUUUGGGAAUAUAGAGGACAUCUAUGAGUUUAACAGUGAGCUGCUGCAGUCUCUGGACAUGUGUGAAAAUGACCCUGUGGCUGUGGCCAGAUGCUUCGUAGAUAAGAGUGAUGAUUUUGAGAUCUACACGCAGUACUGCACAAACUAUCCCAACUCUGUGGGUGCACUGACAGACUGCAUGAGGAGUAAGACCCUGGCCAAGUUCUUCAGCGAUCGCCAGGCCUCUCUCAAGCGUUCUCUCCCCCUGGGGUCCUACCUGCUCAAACCUGUCCAGAGGAUCCUCAAAUACCACCUGCUUCUGCAGGAGAUUGCUAAGCACUUUGACCCUGAUGAGGAGGGCUAUGAGGUGGUACAGGAGGCCAUCGACACCAUGACCGGGGUGGCCUGGUACAUCAAUGACAUGAAGAGGAAACACGAGCACUCUGUCAGGCUGCAGGAGAUCCAGUCUCUCCUGAUCAACUGGAAGGGCCCUGACCUCACUACAUUUGGAGAGCUGGUCCUGGAGGGAACUUUCCAGGUACAACGUGCCAAGAAUACCAGGAUGCUGUUCCUCUUCGACAAGAUGCUCCUCAUCACCAAGAAGAGAGGAGAGCACUACGUCUACAAGACCCACAUCUCGUGCUCAACUCUGAUGCUGCUUGACAGUGCCAAGGACCCCCUGCACUUCAGUGUGAUCCACUUCAAGCAUCCCAAGCAGCCUCACACUGUGCAGGCCAAGACUGUAGAGGAGAAGCGCCUCUGGGCUCAUCAUAUCAAGAGGCUGAUUCUAGAGAACCACCACACCAUCGUCCCACAGAAGGCAAAAGAGGCCAUCCUGGAAAAGGAUUCUCUCAUGAUGCUGUGUGCAGACCCAGGAUCAGGGAGGUACCGUUACAGCCCAGAGAGGCUGAAGAAGGCUGUAUCCUGCCAGGCUGAAGACUUCCCUGCAGAAGGACGGCACGGACGCAGGAGAUCAGAACCAGCGAAACAGAUUGUGAGGACAACCAAAGCCAUUCUGAAGCAUGCGGACAGUGAAGGUGCUCUGCUGGGGGACAGGCGUUCCCUGCAACCCUCUGCUAGUGUCGGUAUGCUGGGCUCCAGUCUUGGCAAGCCCAAGGCUGAGAGGCCUAGUGUACAGGAGGACCUAAGUCCCAGUGAUGGUGAGGACCCUAGGCCAGGGUCCCCGCCCCUCCAGAGGGGCACUGAGCAGGAGGAGGAGAAGGGGGAGAUUAACAUGGAUGAUAUUCUGAUGGAGGACGACCAGGAUGAAGAACACUGUGCGGUUGUAGAUGAGAAGAGACCAAUGGGGGCGAGGAUGGAUACAUUAACCCARGAGAUCAGUGAAAUGGCUACAGUGGAGGCCUUCACUGACCAGGUGUAUGUGAAGGAGGUGCUUCCUCAAAGCAGUGCUCCUAAGGUAGUGGUGAUGGAAGAGAGUGACGAGAACCCACCCCUAUACACAGAGCCUGAUGCCUUGCCCACCCUGCUUCCCAGACAGCUUGAGACAUCUCAGACACCGGAGCUUGAGAAGAGGAAAGAGGAAAGGUACAAAGAAGGAGAAGAGAAGGAGAGUGACUGCUCUGCCCACCAACAGGAUGUGAUUAACUCCUCAUCAGCGACCAAUGGAGAGUGUUCAGAGUUGGAUGGGGCGGUGCGGACUGAGCCCAGCAGCAUUCUACCUGCCUCUGUGUUGGACCAGGCCAGUGUAAUUGCUGAGCAUUUUGUCAGCAGCCUGUCCCGGAGAGGCAGCCUGGUGGUCUCAGAGGAGCUGCGUUCCCUGGGCUGCCCCUCACCUCAGCCGGGCAGCAGGAGCAGCAGCAACCCCUGUCUGAGCACCAUGCUCCAGGAGAAGGCCCAGACUCUGGUCAACUCCACCCCAGAGCCCCCACUGCUCCUGGAGGCCAACACCUCAACGCCUGACCCUAGACCAGACCAUCUCAUGGAGGUGGAGCGCCAGUUCACUCUCUCCAAGCAAGACCGGAUACUCAUCCACAAGAUCAGGAGGUACUACGAACAUGCUGAGCACCAGGACGCCAGCUUCAGCAUCACACGCAGGGAGAGCCUGUCCUAUAUCCCUGCAGGCCUGGUCAGACACCUGAGCCGGCAGCUUAACGGCAAGGACCAGGCGGUUCCAGGGCACCGGAGGAGCUCCCCGAACAUCCGGCCCACCUUUUGGUCAGCUUUUGACCUCCCUGGCAUAGAAAAGGAGCAGAGGACUAAUACUACCCCUGUGCUGGAGCCACAGAGAGCUGCAGACCCAAAGCCCAGGUCCCAGAGUGUCAAUGAUGCUCCUGUUGGAGAUGAGGAAGAGUUCUUCAGACCCUCCUCGGACAUGGUCCAAGUGUGGCAAGAGAUAGAUGUCAAUGGGACCUUUGAGGAACCCAAGGGUUCCAAUGGUACAGAGGAAAUUUUCCAUCCCRGAUCACAUCUAUCCCGGAAGGGGGGAACCAGCAGAGAUAGCCCUGAAGCAGAGUACAUCGAGCCCAUGAGGAUCCUGGAGGAGUCAGACACGGGCAGUGUCUCAAAGGAAUCCCCAGUCCCAUUACCUGUCAUAAUCACCCCAGACCCCUUCUCAGGGCAUGAGUCCUGCCAGAAUAAGAUUCCCAAGUCCUGGGAGAGUGGCGGGGUCAGUAGCGCUCCCAUCCCCAGGAUAAUCAGUCUGUGUUCAGAGGUAGAUGAGGACCUGAUCCUGCAGGACAUGGAGAAGAUGAAGAACAAGGUGUUCCAGCUGGCCCGCCAGUACAGCCAGCGCAUCAAGAACAGCAGGCCUGUGGUGAGGCAGAGGAACAGGGAAGCUGAGAAACACCUUGCCCCCAAGAACCUGCCAGCUGUCUACGAGGAGAAGGUCCAAAAGAGAGACUGGGGUAGAGCUAACCUGAUGCUGUCACUCAACUCUUAUGAGCAAGUGGUCGUGCAUGAGCUGAGGACCCCAAGCCCAGCCCCAAGCCUCAGUUCUGGGGCCAGCUCACAGGUCACGUCCCCUUGUCCCAACGGUCCUCCGAGCCCAGUGCAGACAGAGAUUUUCCACUGGCCACAUGUCCAGGAGCUGCGCUCUAAAUACACUGACCCCAGGCUGGACCCAGGUUCCUCCCAUGCCUCACCUGUCAGCCGUAGCUACUCCGUCCCUGAGAGGAUGGAGAGUUGCACUGAGGGGUGCAGCACCUCAUGGAGCCCUGCUGGCUAUUCAUCCAGCUGCAACGGCUCCACAGAAAUGAACAGUGCCCUAACAGACUCCCUUGAGACUACGUCAUCCAUGGCCCACCGGGGUGUGGGCUCUGUGGGGAAGGCUAAGCCCCAGCCCCCGCUGUGUAGGUGGAACUCUUUGGAUCACAUGCUGGGAACACUGCCUCUACAUGAACUGCAAAACCUCCAGGUGCCCACGAGGAGCUGUUGCGUGGCUGGUCAGACCACCCUGCCCAACGAGAACAAGGUAAUUAUAGUGGAGAGGGUUCCUGGCGCAAGGCCUGUGGAGACUGGAGGGAAGGAGAGUGUAGAGGAGGAAGGCACUAAAGGAAAGGGCCAACUCAAAAUCCUGAAAAGCCUCGACUACCAGUACUGUGCCAAAGGGUCUCCACUGACUUCAGGCAAAAAUACUGAGGGUAGUCUGGUAAAAAACUUACGGGUGAAAUUCCAGAACUUGGGUUCAACACAUGAACACUUGAAAACUGUGAAGACCAUGCCUAUUUGAUUGCAUUCUGUAAAUCAUGAAACAAGCCUUCUCUUACCUAAAACAUGAAAUUGACAUUGAUACAUAUGAAUAUUGUCAUUUAGCCAGUAACUACUGCCACUGUUUUAUGAUUUCAAUUUGGUGAAAUAAUUUUCUACUUCCUUUUUGUUGGUAUUUUCUCACAUCGGAUACUGGUAUGAUAUGUGGUUAUGUAACUUCUGGUGUUAUUGGGGAUAUUGAGCUAUCAAGAGCACCCCAUGGGAAAUUGUGACUUUGUAAAAUGUGUAAAUACGUGUACAUUUCUCUGGUUCUUACACCACCAUGUAAUGUGUAUAUGUAAAGAGAAUGAGUAUGUUUAUAUGGAAAAUGGUUUUGUUUUAUGUUUGAGGGAAAAGAAUGUUAGUGUUAGAGUGUAAAUCUGUCCAGAUUACCACUUUUCUUCUUUCUUUUGCUGUAUCACUUAAUCUUUUCUCCCACAAUGCAAUGGUCACCCUCCAUUUGUGAUUCAAUUGUAAGGGUCAUAAGCAAGGAAAUGGUGAAAAGAGGAUUCGGGAAAUGAACAAUUAAUAUAUAAAGGGGAGUAAAUCUGGAAGGCUGUGCCACCAUCUAAGUGAUUACUGCAGAUUUACAAUCAAGACGGCGCCAUUAGGACUUGCUCGUCCCUAUUUGACCUUUGACCAAAGUGUUUUUCCCUUAGUUUUGUCAUAAUGGGAGAGAGAUGGUCUGUGCUGUUUACUAUUCAGCCCACUGUGCCACAUUUAGCACCAUCAUUGUUUUCAUACAUCACUGGAACUGUUUUUCUGAUUAUUAUAUAUUUCCUUUCUUGUUAUUUAUGAAAUGAUCCUCGUCUUCAUACGAAUAUUGACCAAUACAGUCGUAGACUUUUCCAUUCCAGAAACUACACAGAAUAAUUUAAUGCUUGAAAUGGCAUAUUCUCAAUAAAAUCUGAUAUUAAACAUA